AUGGCAACAGAAUUUAUAAAAAGCUGCUGCAGAGGCUGUUUCUAUGGUGAGAUGGAAAAAUAUAGCUAUGAGAUAGAAAAAGACUCUAAAGCAGCAGCUCCAAAUGGACAAAAUAUUACGUGUCUACCUCCAAUGUCUUCAGUGUGUGUUAAACGUCAGGUUGGUUGUACUGAGGAUUAUCUCCUUUCUAAAAUUCCAUCUGAUGGCAAAGAAGUACCCUUUGUUGUGCCCAGAUUUAAAUUAUCUUAUAUUCAACCCAAGACUCAAGCAACUCCCUCACAUAUGGAGGAACUUCAAGGUUCUGUCAGAGCCUCCUUUAGAGAUCGAAAAACAGAACUUUGCAGUUCACCCUUGGAUGGAUCUAACUAUGACAUAUAUAAUCCAGUCUUUAUGCAUCAACAUGUUUCACCUGACUUAAGUAGGCGAUUUCCUCCUAAUUCUGAAGCUCUGAGACUGUAUGGGUCAGUUUGUGACUUAAGGAAUCCUAAAACUCCUGGUUCCCCUGGACUAAGUAAAUCUAUGUUUGAUCUUACGGGUUCAUCACAACGAUUCAUGCAAAGAUAUGAUUCCAUGUCUAGUGUACCAAGCAGUUCAUCUUCAAGGAAGAAUUCUCAAGGCAGUACUCGAAGCCUAGAUACAAUCACAUUAUCUGGAGAUGAAAGAGAUUUUGGAAGAUUGAACAUAAAAUUGUUCUAUAAUUCUUCAGCAGAGCAGAUCUGGAUCACAAUUUUACAGUGCAGAGAUUUGAGUUGGUCUUCCAAUUAUGGAGAAAACCCUACUAUUUCUAUAAAAGGAAUAUUAACUUUGCCCAAACCAGUACAUUUCAAAUCUUCAGCCAAAGAAGGAUCCAGUGUUAUUGAAUUUAUGGAGACUUUUGUAUUUGCUAUUAAACUCCAAAGUCUGAAAACUGUUAGGCUGGUUUUUAAGAUCCAAAUCCAGGCUCCUAGGAAGAAAACCAUUGGAGAAUGCUCAUUAUCUCUCAGAGAGCUUAACGUACAGGAAAAGGAUUACUGUUUGGAUAUAACACCUCCCUCAAAAAUUUCAAUGUGUCAUGCUGAACUUGAAGUGGGGACUUGUUUUCAAGCAGUCAACAGCAGGAUUCAGUUGCAAAUUCUUGAGGCACAACACCUUCCAAGCUCAUCUACUCCUCUAACUUUGAAUUUCUUUGUGAAGGUGGCGAUGUUUAGUUCAGGUGAUCUGAUUUACAAGAAGAAGACCCGUCUACUAAAAUCCACCAAUGGAAGAGUAAAGUGGGGAGAAACAAUGAUUUUUCCAUUUACACAGAAUGAGAAAGAAAUUAAUUUUCUUAUCAAGCUUUAUAGUCGGAGUUCAGUAAGAAGAAAACACUUUGUGGGACAGAUUUGGAUAAGUGAGGAUAGCAACUGUUUUGAAGCUGUGAACCAAUGGAAAGACACAAUUGCAAAUCCAGAAAAGGUUGUUAUCAAAUGGCACAAAUUAAAUCCAUCUUGAAGAUUGUAGGAAUGAGUCUAAUAGAGGACUUUGGAAUUUGGAAUAUCUGUGAUUUCAAAAAUUUACUCUCAUUUUUAAAGGGGAAAAUCAUUGCCUUUCAACAUACUUGAUAUGGUUUAGCCUAAUAAAUAAUGAUUGUUACCAGAAAAAGAAAAAUCUGUGUAAAAUAUUUUGGAUAGAUGGGAAAAUAGGCAAUAAAGUGAAAGAUAGUUAUUAGUAAAGCAACACAAAUAAAUUUCAGAUUAGAUGAGAACCCUGAGUAUAGUUUUUGCUACUCUGUGUUUGACAUUUUCCUAAAACUCUAAUCAUAUUUUCAAAGCUUCAUACAUUAGAAUCAAGUAUCUGAUAACAACUAAUAUAAGACUGGAAGACUUCUACUGCCAAAUGCUUCUGUCAUAGUAAUUACUGACUGUCUCUGUUUUUUGGAAUAUGUUCACAUACAUACUUUCUCUGAAAGGCCAAAUAUAUUUAAUGAAA